GGAUGUUGUGAAGGGGUGUGUUGGAAUACUUCCUGGAACUGGAUUUGGGGGAGAAGGUUAUCAGUAACUGAUAAGAACCGCUUUUAAAAGGCUCGCUAGGAAAUAGAGUGCUUUAUACUAUCAAACAAGAAUAAUAGCAAAAACCGAAUAGGCCCAGGGGUCUUUAAGAAUCAUGCUUCUGGUACAUAAAUUUACUAUAUUAGUUGUUAAUGUAUUUGCUGUGGUAGCAUUUGUUUCUAUACCACUUUCAAACCUGGAAUCCCACUCACACAAUAGCUGGAGCGAGACAGUUCGCUUUCGGCACCUCUAUGCUGCCAGGGCAGGAGUACAUCUUAUGAUUCAUGAAGAUGGACAGAUUCUCGGUUCUGCAGAUCAAACUCUGUACAGCCUGAUGGAGAUGCGCCCUGUGGAUCCAGGCUGUAUUGUCAUCAGAGGCAUUGAAACAGCACAGUUUCUUUGCAUGGAUGUUGAUGGAAGGUUGUACUCAUCACACAUCUACAGCAGAGAUGACUGCACUUUCAGGGAGCAAAUCAUGCCAGAUGGAUACAGCAUCUACAUCUCUGUCAGACAUGGAGUACUUCUUAGCUUGGGGAAUCAUCGGCGGCGUCUUCAAGGCAGAGACAGUGGUGUUCCAUCUUUGGCUCAGUUCCUGCCGCGAAUCAGUACUAUUGUUCAGGCAUCAACUCCAACACUGCAGUCCUUUUAUCACCCAAGUCAGGAUGCAUCACAAACAGCUAAAUCAUUUGACACGGUCGAAUCAUUUGGUAUUCUUGCACGGAUCAUUCAUAGCCCGAGCUUUCAUAAACGUUGAGAAGGCGGCCGAGACGGCAAUAAUCAAAGAUGACCUUUUCAAUGCCUGGCAUACCCAGGCUUGUCCAUAGGGAGUGGUAGCUAUGAUAUUCAGCUCAUAGUCAGAUCAGUGAGGUUAAAUCUGACCACAGAGGAUCUAACAGAUGGGGAAUUGAAUGUGCAUCCCUGUAAUCUGUCAAAAAACAAACGUAUCACUGGGAAAGCGUUCAUCCCAAAAUGUGUGGAUUUAAAAUGCUAAAGAAAUGAAGUCAGAACUAGUUAGUACAGUGGAGUUUCGGUUUUCGAACGUCCCGGUUCCCGAACAAAUCGGUAUUCGAACAAAAAAUUCGAGAUUUUUUUGCUUCGGAUA